AUGGGUGUACGCUUGUAAUAUUUUCAAUUAGGUUUAACUACGAAACCCACAAUGCAGUUCGGCAAUGACAAGUUUCUCAAGCGCCGCGUGAAAGCGUUGACGAGAGCUCGCGACGGACAGCAACAAAAUUAGCAAGCUGUCUCCAUGGUGAUGAAGUCGUCGUGUGAGGAGGAUGAGGGAGCCUGGGGUCUGGGGAUCCCGGAGAAGAUGAGGAACAACACUGACUGGGUGGAUAUCACUCAAGACUUCAAAGCCUCCUGUAAAGAACUUAAGCUCGGCGAAUUGCUUCACGACAAGUUGUUCGGUCUUUUCGAGGCGAUGUCUGCCAUUGAGAUGAUGGAUCCCAAGAUGGAUGCUGGCAUGAUCGGAAACCAAGUGAACCGGAAAGUUCUUAACUUCGAGCAGGCUGUGAAGGAUGAGGCAAUUAGAGUGAAGGACCUGACUUUGCCUGAGCUCAUCGGAAUCGUUGACACAUGCUUCUGCUGCUUGAUAACUUGGUUGGAAGGUCACUCUCUGGCACAGACGGUCUUCACGUGCCUGUAUGUCCACAACCCUGAGCUGAUCCAGGAUCCUGCCCUCAAAGCCUUUGCCCUAGGCAUCCUCAAAGUGUGUGAUAUCGCCCGUGAAAAAGUCAACAAGGCCGCUGUGUUUGAGGAGGAGGAUUUCCAGGCCAUGACGUACGGCUUCAAAAUGGCCAACAAUGUGACGGAUCUGAGAGUGACAGGAAUGCUGAAGGAUGUUGAGGACGAGCUGCAGAGGAAAGUGAAGAGCACACGGAGUCGACAGGGCGAGCAACGGGACCCUGAGGUGGAGCUCGACCACCAGCAGUGCCUGGCCUUGUUCAGCAGGAUCAAAUUCACUCGCCUCCUCCUGACGGCUCUCAUCUCCUUCACCAAGAAAGAGACGAGUUCGGUGAGUGAAGCGCAGAAGCUGAUGAGUCAGGCAGCAGAUCUCCUGCCUGCAAUACACUCCACCAUUCCGUACGGCAUUCAGUCACAGAACGACACCACGAAAGGAGAUCACCCAAUCAUGAUGGGUUUUGAACCCUUGGUAAACCAGCGCCUACUUCCUCCUACUUUUCCCCGCUACGCCAAGAUCAUUAAGCGCGAGGAGAUGGUCAACUACUUCACCAAACUCAUCGAGCGCAUCAAGACCGUGUGUGACGUCAUCAACAUCAGCAACCUGCACAGCAUCCUGGACUUCUUCUGUGAGUUUAGCGAGCAGUCUCCUUGUGUCCUAUCCAGAUCUUUAUUACAGACUACGUUUCUGAUCGACAAUAAGAAAGUGUUUGGGACUCACCUGAUGCAGGACAUGAUCAAAGACGCUCUCCGCUAUUUUGUCAGCCCCCCUGUUCUGUCUGCGAAGUGCAGUCUGUAUAAUAACCACCAGGCCAAAGACUACAUCGACUCCUUCGUCACGCACUGCUCUCGGCCGUUCUGCAGUCUGAUCCAGAUUCACGGCCACAACAGAGCGCGCCAGAGAGACAAGCUAGGCCACAUAUUGGAGGAGUUCGCCACCCUACAGGACGAGGCUGAGAAGGUGGAUGCAGCUCUGCACGGGCUCCUGAUGAAGCUCGAGCCUCAGCGGCAGCACCUGGCAUGUCUGGGCACCUGGGUUCUUUACCACAACCUGCGCAUCAUGAUCCACUACCUGCUCAGCGGCUUCGAGCUCGAGCUCUACAGCAUGCACGAAUACUACUACAUCUACUGGUACCUGUCAGAGUUCUUGUACGCGUGGCUGAUGUCCACUCUGAGCCGAGCCGACAGCUCUCAGAUGGCCGAAGAGCGCAUCCUGGAAGAGCAGCAACAGAAAGGACGCAGCAGCAAGAAGAGCAAGAAGAAGAAAAAAGCUCGUCCUCUGGGAAAGGAGAUCACCAUGAGCCAAGCGUAUCAGAACAUGUGUGCAGGCAUGUACAAGACAAUGAUCGCCCUAGACAUGGAUGGAAAGGUCCGGAAGCCUCAGUUUGAGCUGGACAGCGAGCAGGUGCGUUACGAGCAUCGGUUCGCGCCCUUCAACAGCGUGGUCACGCCUCCUCCGGUGCACUACAUCCAGUUCAAGGAAAUGUCCGAUCUGAAGAAGUACAGUCCUCCUCCUCGCUCAGCAGACUUGUACAUGGCAGCAAGCAAACAUUUCCAACAGGCCAAACUCAUCCUGGAAAACGUCACCAGCCCCGAUGCUGAGGUGAAUCGGAUCCUCAAAGUGGCCAAACCCAACAUCGUCGUGAUGAAGCUACUAGCCGGAGGACACAAGAAAGACACCAAGGCCCUUCCUGAAUUCGACUUCUCCGCACACAAGUACUUCCCUAUAGUCAAAAUUAUCUGAUGACAAGAUCUCAAGUCUCCUCCAUCAGCUCUGCUGCCGUCACGUGACCGAGUCGUUUUCAUCGCAGUUCAUGUCGAGUCGCAUCGCUGCUCGGUCCAAACAUCACAAUGUGACCAAGACUGGAAAGUUUUAGUGCUGAAAGAGUCUCCAAUGCUGAUUUAGAGAGAACUGUUUCAGACAACAAGGUUUCUGUAACUCGUGAAAAAUGGGAGUUUUGUAUUUGGAUGUCGUGUUUGUGUGCGUGUGUGUGUGUGUGUGUGCGCGUGUGAGAGACAGUAAAGUUCUUUCCAUCAACUUG